AUGACCACUCUCAGCGGAGCUAGUCCUCUUCUUUCCAUUGGGGGGAACCGGCAGGUUCUGGAGCUGCGGGUCGAGGACAGCGGGUCUGCCGUAAGUGUGCACGCCUUGCGCCAUAUCUCGCCACGGUCCCCGUUAGGGUCAGAGUUUGCUCGGAGCGCGGGGGGCGGCUGCGGCACCCACCCAUCAAGCGGUGGGGAAGCGACGGAACGUCUGCUGUCGAUGCUUCUUCCUGUUCUCGGGCGUGGCUUCUUGUCCUCGAGCGCUGCACGCUGGGAUAUCAUGCGUCGUACCGGUCCGUCUACUGCCAGGCGCCCGCUGAGGUUCCGCAUGCGAGUUAGUUGGGUGCCGCGCUCGCUUUUGUGCAUUGUUCAGGGCUUCGAAGAUCCGAAGGCCUGA